GCGCUUGCACGGGCGCUGCAGCCUCCGCAGCCGUGGCUGGUGAGUCCGACCCUCGGCCCAUCGCCAGCGCGAGCCGGUCCCGGAGCCCCGGGGUCGCGAGGGCGCCGCGGCGUCCCUUUCUCGGCCUCCUCGUUUUCCCGAGCGCCCACGCCGGGCCAGGCCCAGGCGGGUCCUGGAGGAGACCCAGCGCUCUGGAAGGAUGAGGUCCUCCCUGCCGCCGUUGGGGCCCCCCGUGAGCCGGGACCGUGUCAUCGCCAGCUUCCCUAAGUGGUACACGCCUGACGCCUGCCUGCAGCUCAAGGAGCACUUUCACGGGCAGGUCAGCGCGGCCUGCCAGCUCAGGAACACGGGGACCGUCGGGCUCAAGCUCUCCAAAGUGGUGGUCGUUGGCGAUCUCUACGUGGGGAAAACCAGCCUCAUCCACAGGUUUUGCAAGAAUGUGUUUGACCGCGACUACAAGGCCACCAUCGGGGUGGACUUCGAAAUCGAGCGCUUUGAGAUCGCCGGGGUCCCCUACGGCCUCCAGAUCUGGGAUACGGCCGGCCAGGAGAAGUUCAAGUGCAUCGCGUCCGCUUACUACCGGGGCGCACAGGUGAUCAUCACGGCCUUUGACCUUGGCGACAUCCAGACUCUGGAGCACACCAGGCAGUGGCUGCAGGAGGCUCUGAGGGAGAAUGAACCGGGUUCCAGUUCUGUCUUCCUGGUGGGGACCAAGAAGGACCUCCUGUCAGGGGCGGCGUGUGAGCAGGCCGAAGCGGAGGCCGUGCGCCUGGCCGGAGAGUUGCAGGCCGAGUACUGGUCAGUUUCAGCCAAGACGGGGGAGAAUGUGAAGGCGUUUUUCAGCCGUGUCGCCGCCCUGGCAUUCGAGCAGUCUGUGCUGCAGGACCUGGAGAGAAGGAGCAGCGCCCAGCCACAGCUCGGCGACGGGGGCCUCAUCCAAAUGGCGGGGAGCCCCCCUGAGAUCCAGGAGAGCAAGAGGCCCCCCGGCUUGCACUGCUGCUAGCUGGGCUCCGCGUCAUGGCUCCCGUGACCGUGGAGGGAUGAUCAAAGCACCCCGUCUGCCCCCCUCCAUCCACCCACC